UACAGGGAAGUUUGAAUAUAUCGGCUUUAGCCGCGUAAAUAGAAAUGCGCGAUACUGCCUUUUUAGUCCCCGUGGUCCUGGUUUGUUCUCUUGUCUUUUCUACUUUUACGUUGAACUUCGCUUACUCCUAGCUCUUUUGCCUGAAAUAUAUCCCAUUUCAUGUAAGAAUCUUUUAAUUCACAACACAAGGUGUAUUUAAAGUUCAAUUUGUCAAACUGCCAACAAGUCUCCCUCGUCUAUUGAUUUUGAAAACUGACUGACCUUAUCUCCAGUAUUUUUCCAAGUGAAACUAUUGCUAGCCAGUAUAAAGUAUAUAGACCUGAGUAAACCUUACAAAAGAGCAUCGUGCUACUGUGUCGUAAUUUUUAGUAAUUCCUUAACGUUGUGUUUAAACAAUGACAGAAACUGUUUGAAGUUUAGAGGAACGUAUCAACUAUUAUGGCUGCUGACGUUUGCUGUGUCAGUCGCCGACGUUACAUAAACCUCCUGUUGACUCUACCUUUUUGCUUGACGGGAUAACUACACUCAAAUGAGUAAAACAUGUAUUUAUGCAGGUAGUCGGGGAGUAUCCUGGGAUCGAUAAAAUGGGACAUAGUGCGUAAAACAUUGGUUUAAGAGAGAUGGCUAUGGCCUUUCAUCUGCCAGUCUCAUUGUUGGUAGUAAUUGGUUGUCACGACUAGCUGUGUGACUUCCUUACCAGCAGAUGUUUUUAUUCAAAAAGGAUCAAAGCAUUUGUGCAAAUCUACGUGAACCCUUAGCAGGAUUUCACCUAAUAGUGGAAAAACAUUGGGGACCGAGCGAAAAUUUCAGUGGGAUUCUAUAAACAACGACGGAUUAAUGGCGCAGUUAUAUUUUCUAUUAGUGUAAUCCUCUAAGUAAUAACUAAAAUAGAUUGCUCGAGUAAAAAGCACAGAUCAAGUGUGGACAUUUUAGCUUGGUGUCUAAAGAUUGUCUGUUAACUGCACAAUUAUCCUUCGUCCAUAUUCAGGUAGCUGAAUAUCGCUACUUUUAAUCAUAUUUUUUGCGAACAGCUUACUAACUAACGUCGUGUAGUAAUUAACUUUAAUGGCAACAGAAACUUUAACCUCAGUGUAAAAUGUAUUGAUAUGUUUGUCUUCUAAUGACAGCCAAUGUAGGAUGUUAAUGUAAACAUUGAUAAGACGAACAAUGUACUCUCUUGGCUGUGACACAAUACUUCUCUUUAUUAUGGUGGACUUUCUGUUUUUGUAAAUAAGUAAAACCAGGCGAAUGAAGUGUUAGACUCAACUUUCAAAUUAUGUAAAAUCGGUAGCUUUCUUUCGUCCCUGUUGAAUUUUCCUUUUAGUACAAAGAAUACAUCGAGGCUGUACAUUCUAUGGGCUUCUUAUUUGAUAGUCUCAUCAGAGAUAAUAACGGGGAAUGAAUAACUUCGAGUCCAUAGUUCCAAUUAAUUAUCUGUGCAAACAUUUUCGUGAUGUUUGAAUUUAUAUCAGACGAUAAAUUAAGUGUACUGAGCACCUCAGUCAACAGAUAAAAAAGUGGAUUAUGCCCUUACUACAGUAGUCUUAUAACUAUUUAGCACUUCUUUAAGUUGAACAGUGUCAAAUGUGCCAGUAUCGUAUUACAGAAAUAUAUGUAAUUCAUGUCGAUUUUAUAGGCUGAUAUAUAUAUAUAUAUAUAUAUAUAUAUAUAUAUAUAUAGCUGUCACACCUAUGGGUAGUUAUAUUCCAUCGUAGUGUUCAAAAAAGUCUUCUAGAUACACACUAACUUACGAAAUUGAAUAUAUGCACUAGACCCAGUCCUCUAUUGGAACUCAGGUACAUAUUUUUUAGAGCAUUAAGCUGGAAACUAUUUAAACAAAUUGGUUACUACUUAGUGCAAACAAAAACAUUGUUUAUUUAUUACUUUUUGCUCAGUAUUGACUAUUUGACUGUUCCAGCUAAUAAAAUGAUUCAAUGUUACUAGAAGAACAUUUCUGAAUGUCUGUUAGGUCGCAUAAAUGUAGGUAGCUCGAAUGGAGAUUCAACAGAAUGUUGUUAUGCAUCAAUACAUGGCUACUCAUACAGUUAAUAUUUUUUUAAUUGCUAAUACAUAUCUACUUUGACGUUGUUAGUGUCAUUGAGUCACUUUAAAAGAUUAUAUUAGCCUUGAAUUAUCUGUUCAAAAAUUUCUCCCUUCUGUUUUCCUUGGGUUACUUUAUCUACUGAAAUGAUUGGUUGCUAGUGCAUUUUUGUUGCUGCACAAUUGAAAUAUUGUUAAUCAGUUUUAUUCCCGUAAACCAUACCAGUUUUGUAGUGAAAUAAAAUUGUCUUAUAACUCGCGUCCUCUGCAUGCCGUGAUUAGGUUUAUCGAAGGACGAAUUGUAUCUUAGAUUCGUCACUUAUAGUUUGAUAUUUUCACAUAAUUCUUGCAAAAUACCCAUCCGUACAUUAGAGGGAAAAGAACAAGAAGUCCAACAAAGAUAUCUUCUCGGCGAUUUCAUUCUCAAAAGAUGUACAUUAGCAUUUAUAUACAUAAGUUUACACAGCUACAAUUAUUAUUUAUUUGAUUCCACAUAGUAACGAAGGUGAUUAAGGGUUAUAAUAAUUUUCAACUUGAUGUGAAAGUUUGAAGGUGUGAAUAUAGAUUACAAGGGGCUUAGAGAGAUUACAAUAGUUUAUAAAAUAGUUACAAUGUAUGUAAAAUUAACAAUAAUAAUAUUUCUCCAGUUGUCAAAUAUUAAUUCUACAUAUAUUGUAACUGUUUUCUAAUCUAUUGUAAUGUUGUCUCUAACCCCCUUGCAAUCUAUAUUCACACCUUCAAACUUUCAUAUCAAGUUGAAAAUUAUUAUGACCCUUAAUUAUCUUCGUUACUAUAUGUAGUCAAAUAAAUAAUAAUUGUAUCUGUGUAAACUUAUGUAUAUAAAUGCUAAUGUACAUCUUUUGAGAAUGAAAUCGCCGAGAAGGUAUCUUUGUUGAACUUCUUGUUCUCUUCCCUUUAAUAUACUUAACAAGCAAAUAAUAUUGGCCAUCAGAUGUGGUGAAAUUCAAACUACGCUUACGAAUAUAUUAAACGAGGAAAACUAAGUUGAUCUGAAUUGUUGCACAAUUAUGUAGGCGGUAUUGUUCUCGUUAUCGAAAGUAGAGUUCUUUUUUUACCUCAUCAACAUUCACCUUUUCAACCAAACAGCAAUAAAUUUACACUUCUCAUUUCUAUUUGUGAUAACGCAUGAUUUGUGUGUUAGUUAAAGGUAUGUGUAUCACACUGAGCAUGUAUUCAUUGUUAUGUUCUCUGAGUUGAAUAGUUUGGUUGUAAAGCUUCUUCCGUGUGAAGUGUGCUUUUAGAAUUCUCCAUUUUUAUUCAGUAUUCAGUUCAUUGUGUGAGGGCUGAGAUACUGCCCGGGUGCCCAGACCGAAGCAGGUGGUUUUAUUAAGGAACCACUCCCCGAACAUUUGACUUGGAGUUCAAUCCGCAAGGCAGCGGAGCAGCGUCAGGAGCUGCAUUCCCAUGGUUUCCGGUGACCCAUAUGGGUUCAUACGCCAUUUGAUCCGAUUGGAUACUGGAGCCUAUGUACCCCAUGGUAACUGCUUUUAGUUUAACCGCUAUCCAAACAACCUUCCUGACAUGGUAGGACCUGCAGGGACAGAGUCCCAGUCAGUUUAGCAUGUUGGGUCAUUACGGUAUUCAAGCCCGAUCACCACUACAAGGUAGCAGUUAUCACACAACGAAUUGAAUAAAGCAACAAACAAUCAGUGAAACUUAUCGCAUGCUAUUACAUGUGUUGCAAUUUCCUUCUUUCUUCCCUUCCUGAUGAUAGCUAACGAAUACUGUUUGGACUUGUUAAGCAUGACUGUUUUCCUUCCAGAUGAAGUUCUUUAUCCGUUCUCUACUUAUAUAUAUUUUUUUCUCUUUCUUUUUUUCUUUUGAUCUAUGUUGUUUUAUUAUUAUUGUGUGGCGCAUCCUUCUUGGUGCCAUACUGUACUAAGUUUUUAUGCGUUUAAAUAAAUAAAUAUAAAAUAUUCUCCAUUAAUAAUGCAAUAAGCAUCUCUUCGGGUGACCUUGGUAGUAAUCGGUUGUCCCCCACAAUUUCUUUAGGAUUAUAUUCACCAGUGUUAAGAUUGGUCGUCUCGAUAUCCCUUUUUAUACUUUUUGUCGUGUGAUUUAUUUGUUAUUGAAUUGUAUAUGUGAUCUUUAGGCAUAUGUUUGUGAAUUAGUCUGGGUACAUAGGUCCUACUACUUCUUCAUUCGUUGCUCCUCUCUGUUUAAGGUAUUUACAUUUACUCGGUUAAAAUUAUGUCAAUGGUUGUCCAGGUGAAUUGAUAUGAGAUAAUGUAUGUCAUGCCUUUUAAGUGCUAGCUGCUGUUUAGGGAUGCAAACAUGAUUCAAACAUCUUUUUUGGCCAUUGUAGUGAUUUUCACAGUUGAUUCGGUUUAUCUUAUAGAUUGAUUUUGUCUUUUGUUGUCAGGUCUAUCGGUCUGCGUAAAAUAUAUUGCAGUGAUUGUGUUAAUUUAAUCCAGUGUCUAAGCAUCUGUAAUUUAUACCCACAUGUUUUCCGAAACAUUUCCAUUCAGCAACGUAGCAUGAUACCUCACCUGUACUAAGUUUAACUUGCAAUUACAGUUAUCUAAAGUUUAGUGUCUCAUAUAGUUUCCUGACAGUUAAUUUCUUCAAACACUAUCUGUAAUGUUUAUUAGAUGAAUCACUUUCAGAAUUCUAGUGUUAUUUCGCUUAUUUUUAAACCUGUAUCGGUUUUCAGAAUAAACAAGAUUGCAAGAAGUGUUGAUAUAUAUAAAUUCAUCAUUUGGAGAAUGUUUCACAAACAAAGUCUAUGUUCAUAAUACGUGUCGGUCAAGAUCUGAACAAAAUGCCGAGUGUUCUCAUUGCUUGAAUACAUAUUUCACAAUGUCCUCUUCUCGACACAUAUCUUAUGUUGCUCGUGAAAUAUUCCCUGCUUGCUUAUUGGCGGGAGUUGGUAUGGUAGUCGCAGGCUGUUAUGUUGAUAUGUUGAAGUCUUCUAGCAUUUUUAAUUCCAGUGAGGCAAAUAUUUUCGAAAUCAUUCCACCUGUUCUUGGACUUAAAGGCAAUUUAGAAGUUGCUCUUUCUUCUCGACUUGCCACUGUGGUUCAUUUUAGACGAAAGUUUAGUGAAAUUUCAUCCUGGUUGUUUACAACCACAUUGGCUUUUAUACUGAUUCUUGCAGUUCUUGCAAGCAUCGCCAUUCCUGUAGUGAUUACAACUGUGCAUAUUUCAACAUCACUAAUAUCCUACUCUUCUAUUAAUAUCGCCCAUCUUAUUUGUAUUUCAUCAGUAACUUGUGUUUGUGCUUCAUGUUUAAUAAGUGUUCUAGUGUAUGCAAUAGUAUGCGCAUGUGUGUUCUUCGGUGCAAAUCCUGACAAUAUUGCUCCACCGGCAGCUGCUGCUUUAGGAGACCUUGCAACAGUUUUGAUCAUGUCACGUGUAAAUGGCUAUUUUAUGAAAUAUCCAACUUUUACUUUCAUUGCUGCUAUAUGCAUAACCUGCAUCGUUCUUUUCCUAAGUAUUGCCUACUUAUUGUAUCACUCCAAUAUGCAUAUAUCGCCUGAAUUUAGCAAUCUUGUUAUAACAUCUACUACUUUCAAGGAGACUAUCGUUCCAUUGAUUUUGGCAAUUAUUAUGAGUAGCAUUAGUGGAAAUAUUUCAUCACGAUUUCUGGCCGAUCUACCUGUUGUUGCUCGCCUUCAAGUUCCAAUUAAUGGCGUUGGUGGAAUUUUCGCUGCAAUGUUAAUUAGUAGAAUGACAACACGUCUGCAUUCUAUCACCUGUUCUAAAAAGUUUUCUUUAAAACAAUCAGUGUUUGCUUCUCCUACUUCUUCACCUUCGCCGUCUUCAACGACACCAACAACAACAGCAACUACUACUAAUACAUGUGUAAUGUUUGAAAAAUCAAGGCGUCAUGUUCCUAGUGAAGAAGUUUCCUCCUCUGGUGUUUCUGAUCCCCCUUCCUCUUCUUCUUCGUCAGCAUCAUCUUUGUCAUCCUUGAUGUCUGCGGGAACAAUGAAAUCGUGCAGAAAACUACGUGAAAUCUACACGGACGUCUCUCAAGUAUCCAAACUCAUUAAAUUAUUAUGUGUUCCACUGCAUUUCAUACUUACUCUGAUCAGUGUGAUUAUUGCACGGCAUUUAAAUCCACAAGAAAAUGAGAUAUCAUAUUUACAGUUCAGCAUUUUGAUUCCGUAUAUUUCAGCUGGAUUUAUUCAGAUAUGUAUACUACUUAAAUUUGCCAAAUGGAUUGUUUUAAAACUCUGGAAAAAGUUUAGUCUUGCUAAACAAUUUGAUUCUAAUAUUAAUGCUACUAACACUCCUAUAUCCCUAGCAUCGCUGGAUUUCUCCGCUAUAGCCAUGACUACAGGUUUAGGCGAUUUAAUUGGCACCGCUUUAUUCGUUCUCUUUCUAUGCAUAAGUAAGCGGUUAACAAAUAGUUGAGAUAUCCGUGUUUGUGUGUGUGUGUGUGAUGUUUUACAGAAGAACAAAAGUUUAUUUUUCUGAACUGAUAUCAUGGUGUGUUGUUUUUUUUCUCCUUGUUCCGGUGUUUUCUUUCUGACUUUUUAUUUUAUGCUGUCUGGCUCGAUAGUCUUUCGUCUCUACAGUAAUUUAAAUAUGUUAUAGUAUAUGUAUCGUUGAAUAUUGUAAUGUCAAUUGGUUUGUUACAUAGUCACCUUUUUGUAUCAUAUACAUACUUACGUGUAAUUAAUGAUUACUCUGAAACACUUUAAAUCAUAUAUUCAAUGUUCAACGUAUUCCUUGUGAUGUAUAUUUGUUUAUCUGAACUAGUUAUAGAUCUGUAAAUGUACAUUAAAAAUUAACUUGGUUGUUCGUCUGUUUCUUGAUAAAAAAGACGCUGUUUAUUGCUAUUAUUAUUAUUAUUAUUAUUAUUAUCUGUUCUUAAAAGUUACACAGAAUUAUCCAGUGUUAUUUCACUAUGAUGUAUAUUUUGUCUAUUGUAUUUACACAUCUAUUGUUUAUAAUACAAUAUCAGCUGAUAAAAAAAGCUAGUAAUAAUAAUAAUAAUAACUCACUAUCAUAAACACGUCAUUUAUGCUUGUAUUUUAUCUAAGGGAAAUACUGUGGAAACGCUUUUAUACGUCAGUACAAUUGGAAUAACAUACGCCGCUGUUCACAUUAUUUGUUUAAAACUGAAUGCACUAUGAAAUCUGUAUGUCCGUAUAGUA